GCGGGUCAUCCCACCACAUCUACACAUCAACCAUCGUGCCAUUGUCGGAAAUGGCAACACCAAACCCAUCCCAGCCUCCCACAAGACGCGCCGUUGUCUCUUCAUUUAUCUUCAAAUCCCCGGAUGAAGGACAGAAAAAACCCCAAGUUGCGCUGUUCCGGCGCAGUGACAAAGUGAGGACAUACCGCCACCACCUAGCACCAAUCUCCGGAAGCAUCGACCCCAACGAAUCUCCUCUCGAAGCAGCAUGGCGUGAACUUUCCGAAGAAACCUCUCUCAACUCCACCUCGUUAUCCUACUGGCGCACCGGCAAGCCGUUCUCCUUCACGGACCCCUCCGUUAACCGCGAAUGGACCAUCCAUCCCUUCGCUUUCCAUCUCAAGGGCACCAGCGAAGGGGGAUUAGGUGAGAAAGCAAUCAAAACUGAUUGGGAACACGAAGGCUGGCAAUGGUUCGACCUGGACAGCAUAGUCGACAAUGAAGAGUUCGGAGGUGUGCCGCGGCUGCAUGAGAGUCUACGCCGGAUUUGGUUCGAGGGCGAGAUGAAUGAGCGUACGGCAGAGGUGCUGGCGGCCGGAUUAGAGAGGUUGCAGAUGGAUCAUCAGAGCGGGUCGCAGGAGUUGACAGCGGUCGCCUUGACGGUGUUUCGGGACGUUGUGCAGACGCGUGAUGGAAUUGAUGACGAGUGGUGGACGAUGGUGCGCAUGGCUGCGUGGCAUUUGGGAAAUAAUGGCCGCGAGAGUAUGGGGACUUCGAUCACGAAUGCACUUAUCUCGAUACUGGGUGAUAUCGACGAAAUACGGCAGCAGCAGACGAACGAGGAAGCGAAAUGGGACCGUAUACUUGGGGCAAUCGACCACCACCUGAGUGAGCGCAAGUGUCAAGCGAAGAAGAUCAAAGACGCUCUUGUCUCGUAUCUACAGUCGAACUGCUCCUCAUCGGACAACCAGCAGGAGAAGAACAGGAUCACUAUUAUGACUGUUUCCGCCAGUUCUACCAUACGAGACAGCAUCCUAGACGCCUUUGGAACUCUGGAAAACGUGAAAGCCCUUGAGCUUCGCGUCCUCGAAUCCCGACCUCUCUACGAGGGAGUCACUAUCGCAUCCUCCCUAUAUUCCCAAUUCAAAUCCCGAUUCCCAGCAUCCUCGCAGAACAAAAACCUCGAAAUCAAGAUUUACACCGACGCCUCCGCCGCCAUCGCCGCAACAGACGUCGAUUUCGUCCUAUUAGGCGCAGAUCGCAUUUCCCCUACCAAAGGCAUCAGUAACAAAACCGGCUCUUUACCCGCUAUCCUCAGUGCAAAGCACGCUCAGCCCUCGGUCAAGGUAAUUGUGCUAAGCGACUUGGAGAAGAUAGGACUAAAUGGGGAGGAGUCGCAUUCACUCCAGGAAGAGAACGAUCUGAUGGAGGUUGUGAAUGGGUGGAAUAGUGAGGGCGUCAAGGGCCUUUCUGUCUUGAAAGACGGUCUCAAUGCAAGCAAGGCUAAUGAUAGCAAUGCCCGCGUGGAAGUGAAGAAUGUAUACUUUGAAUGGGUUCCGUUAGCUCUCGUGGACGCUUUGGUUUGUGAGCAAGGUGUCCUGGAUAAGGACAGCAUUCGGGACCAGUCACGGCGACUGGGAGGAGAGAUGAAGCGGUAUUUUGGUGAAUUAUAGAUCGGAACCGAGCUUUCAAGACAUAUACAAGUGGUGAAUACUGUUGGACGCCAAAGUGAAUCCCCCGUGGUCAAAAAUAUUAUCCUCGCUUCCUUUCUUCCAGUAGCGGACUUCCAUCCUAUAAAGCACCAAUAUAGCAUAUGGCAACCAAAG